AUGGCCUCAGACGAAAUUGUUUGGCAGGUUAUUAACCAGCAAUUUUGUGCUUUUAAGCUGAAAACCACAAAAGGUCAAAAUUUCUGUCGCAAUGAAUACAACGUCACAGGAUUAUGCAAUCGACAAAGCUGUCCAUUGGCCAACUCUCGAUAUGCCACUGUUCGAUCGGACCCUGAGACAGGUACCAUGUACCUCUACAUGAAAACCAUUGAAAGAUCCCACAUGCCCAGCAAAUGGUGGGAAAAGAUCAAACUAUCAUCGAAUUAUACCAAGGCACUGGCCCAAGUCGAUGAGCGAUUAAUAUACUGGCCGAAAUUCCUGGUCCACAAAUGUAAACAGCGUCUUACACGGUUGACGCAGGUGAAUAUCAGGAUGAAGAAACUUGCCAAGGAGGAGGAGAGACUUGGUGAGAGGAUUGUGCCGAAGCUGGCACCCAAGAUUAGGAGACGUGAGGAGACAAGGGAACGUAAAGCAGAGGCUGCUGCUAAAGUUGAACGGGCGAUUGAGCGGGAGCUUAUUGAGCGACUUCGCAGUGGCGCGUACGGUGAUCGGCCGCUCAAUGUUGAGGAAGGUAUUUGGAAGAAGGUUCUUCGUGGAUUGGAGAGACAGGGUGAGGGUGAGAGGGACGAGGAUCUUGAUGAGGGCGAGCAGUACGAUGAGGAUGAGGAGGAAGAGGAAGGUGUUGGUGAAGUUGAGUAUGUUAGUGAUUUGGACGAAGAUGAGGAGGAUCUGGAAGAUAUUGAAGAGUGGCUUGGGGGAGACUCUGCCGAUUCGAGCGAUGACUACGAUGAUGACGAGGAUGAGGAUGAGGAUAGCGAUGACGACGAAGACAGCGACGAGUCAGCUGCUGAAGACAAGAAGAAGCCUGCGGCCGGUAACAAGCGCAAGCGUGCUGCACCACCUCCGAAACCUCGCAAGAAGGGUGCUCGUGUGGAGAUUGAGUACGAAACUGAAGGUCCUGCGAAGGAGAGGAUUCUGGCAUAAUUGAAUUGCAUUCCUGGCGUUACGGAGUUGGUGUAGAAGUUGAUUGCAACUGCAGUCUUUCACGUCGUACUUAUUUUCCAUAGCAAUAAAAGCAAGUAUUGUUUCUUA